UUCUUUGGCAACUGCAACAGCUGAUAUUUCAACAGAGCACACACCCCUCCCUUACUAAGGGUACUUCUCAAGUUUUCCCAGGGAACCAACGAAAAGCUCCAGGCUCCCUCUUUGACGCCACCCACUGGACCUGCUUUGGGGGUCUAAAUGCAAGAGAGCUGUGUGUCGGAUAACUAGCGAUGGAAGAAAAAACUUCUAGGAGAACAGCUGUGGCCACAGCAACAGAAGAGACAGCUAGUAAGACAGGAAGUGAGGCCCGGUACCUUGUGGACAGUGGUGUCAUUAGCCGCAACGCCUAAGAUGUCUCAAGAGAUGGGAGAGCUCACCCAAACCAGGUUGCAGAAGAUCUGGAUUCCACACAGCAGCGGCAGCAGCGGGCUGCAACGGAGGAGGGGCUCAUCCAUACCCCAGUUUACCAAUUCCCCCACAAUGGUGAUCAUGGUGGGCUUACCAGCUCGAGGAAAGACCUACAUCUCCACAAAGCUCACGAGAUAUCUCAACUGGAUAGGAACACCAACAAAAGUGUUUAAUUUAGGCCAGUAUCGACGAGAAGCAGUGAGCUACAAGAACUACGAAUUCUUUCUCCCAGACAACAUGGAGGCCCUACUUAUCAGGAAGCAGUGUGCCCUGGCAGCCCUGAAAGAUGUCCAUGACUAUCUCAGCCAUGAGGAAGGUCACGUUGCGGUUUUUGAUGCCACCAACACUACCAGAGAACGUCGGUCACUGAUUCUGCAGUUUGCUAAAGAACAUGGUUACAAGGUCUUUUUCAUUGAGUCCAUCUGUAAUGACCCUGGCAUCAUUGCAGAAAACAUCAGGCAAGUGAAACUCGGCAGCCCUGAUUACAUAGACUGUGACCGGGAAAAAGUUCUGGAAGAUUUUCUGAAGAGAAUUGAGUGCUAUAAGGUCAACUACCAACCCUUGGAUGAUGAACUGGACAGCCACCUAUCCUACAUCAAGAUCUUCGACGUGGGCACACGCUACAUGGUGAAUCGAGUGCAGGACCACAUCCAGAGUCGCACAGUCUACUAUCUCAUGAACAUCCACGUCACACCCCGCUCCAUCUACCUAUGCCGGCACGGUGAGAGUGAACUCAACCUCAGAGGCCGCAUUGGAGGUGACUCUGGCCUCUCAGCUCGAGGCAAGCAGUAUGCCUAUGCCCUGGCCAAUUUCAUUCAGUCCCAGGGCAUCAGCUCUCUGAAGGUGUGGACCAGCCACAUGAAGAGGACUAUCCAGACAGCUGAGGCCUUGGGUGUCCCCUAUGAGCAGUGGAAGGCCCUGAAUGAGAUUGAUGCGGGUGUCUGUGAGGAAAUGACCUAUGAAGAAAUUCAGGAACACUAUCCUGAAGAAUUUGCACUACGAGACCAAGAUAAAUAUCGCUACCGCUAUCCCAAGGGAGAGUCCUAUGAGGAUCUGGUUCAGCGUCUGGAGCCAGUUAUAAUGGAGCUAGAACGGCAGGAAAAUGUACUGGUGAUCUGCCACCAGGCUGUCAUGCGGUGCCUCCUGGCCUACUUCCUGGAUAAGAGUUCAGAUGAGCUGCCAUAUCUCAAGUGCCCUCUGCACACAGUGCUCAAACUCACACCUGUGGCUUAUGGCUGCAAAGUGGAGUCCAUUUACCUGAACGUGGAGGCUGUAAACACACACCGGGAGAAGCCUGAGAAUGUGGACAUCACCCGAGAACCUGAGGAAGCCCUGGACACUGUCCCUGACCACUACUGAGGCCUUUCCAAGAGUUAAACUGCCUCUCCUCACUGUCUUCUACCUUUAGGAGCUCCUAUCCUUGCUCUUCUCCUACCCUGAGAAGACUCUAGACUUGGCCUCACUGGAAGAGCCCUGCUUCCAGUGAAGGGGCCCUCAGCAGCUCCAAAACAGGUUUCAAUUUUUAGCUAUAAUCAAGGAGUGCAGUCUAGCUCUAUAUGAAAAUUUUUCUUUCUUAAUUCCUAUUCUCUGAUCAAUAAAGACUUCUCUUACUGCCUA